AUUCAUUUUCCAGAAAGACGUCGUCGCGUUGACAAGCCUGAAUUCGUAGCGGGCGCCAGUAGGACGACCCAGUGGCUAUCGUCAGUUGAACCAGGGAAACGUAGCAGCCCAGUUGCAUUAUACGGGAGGGGUAAAGAGCUUGACAGCGCGUGCGCAGAGUGAAAGUAUGCAAGGAGUUUCGCGAUCAGAACCUCACGGCGCCAUAUUUGUUUUCCAGGCGUUCGCUUGUGUGCGUGUGCUUCAACUCCGGUGUGCGAGUGUGAGGGCAGGGCUUUGCCAGUUGAUAAUGCCAUAACUGUCCCUUGUAUUCGGGCUUCGUUUUCGCAAAUUCGAGCAACAGUAUUAUUGAUUGAUGCAGUUUCACAGCGACUUUGUGUGUGCGUAUGCUGUCACCGCGCUAUGUUCGAGUGUGUGUGCGCUCGUGUUUCUGUGAACCCGAUCGCGAACACUGUUGUGAGCCAGUGGCUCUGACUGCGCGGCGAGAAAUAUCCGCUUACCUAAACGAAAAGUUCUCUGGCGUCGGCCGACGAACGGCACCCAGGCACAGACACAGCUACAGUCGCAGAAAUACCACUGCAUACGACACGAACGUGGCCAGCACACAAAGCAAAACCAGAAAAUCCACAUUUUUUCGACCUGCUCUCCGCCCGUGUCUCUCAUCUCUUUUCAUCGCGCUCUCGACUGGAACGCAAUACCAAGACCACAACCAACAGCUACAGCUUUAGGUGUUUGUAGGUAGAUUACGUAGUUGCAAUGGGCGACUCCACGCCCAUUUGCCGAUGCCGAGUACUUUACUUGGGCAGUGCCGUGCCCCGACAGAGCAAGGAUGGGCUGCAGGGCAUCCAGGAGCCGCUGCGAAGCCUGUAUCCUUCGGAAGGGGCAGUGGGCGCCAAGGGCAUCGACAGCUGGCUGAGCGUCUGGUCCAACGGCAUCCUGCUGGAGAACGUGGACGAAAACCUCAAACAGAUCACGCGCUUCUUCCCGAUCGAGUCGCUACACUACUGCGCCGCCGUUCGCCAAGUGCUCAUCCCAGAGCGCGGAAACGCCCACCCGGAACCAAAGUUCCUCCCUCUGGACUCGCCUUUUGCGCGAAUGCCGCGCGCUCAGCACCCACCCAUUUUCGCUGCUAUUCUGCGACGUACUACCGGCAUCAAGGUGCUGGAGUGCCACGUUUUCAUCUGCAAGCGCGAGGCGGCCGCGAACGCGCUAGUCAGGUGCUGCUUCCACGCCUACGCCGACAACUCUUACGCCCGCCAGUUGGAGACGGGCGGCGGCGGUAGCGUCUACGGCACCUUAAAGAGCGGUGCCGGUAGCAAGUCUAGUUCCGACCUUACCGGCGUCGGCCUGGCUAACGGAGUCGGAAACGGGAGCGGAGGCGGCAACCACCAUCUGUCCCUUUCCGCCCAAGGAGGAUGGAGAUCGCGGACGGGCAGCACUACGACGCUAAAUAGCUUGGGCCGCGCUUCGAACGGCCUCGCCAAUGGAUCAGCGAUAGGCAUGAACGGGGGUAGCUCCGGCAGUGCAGCAGAGGGCUAUACAUCCGUCAAGAACUUCUACGGUAGCAGCGCUGACCUCAACGUGACCGUCGAUGACGGAGACGCGUCGUUUAACGGAGACGAGAAUCAUAAGGUGUGGAACGGGUCGCAGGACCAGUUGGACAGCAUCGGGCCCUUAGAGAGUCCCUAUGAGCUGUUUGCGGGAAACACCUCCACCUUGGGAAGGCCUUUACGGGCGCGUCAAAUCAGCACGCCCAUCGACGUGCCACCGCCACCAGUGAAGGAUGAGCGAAAGACGAAGCGGGACAAAAAGUUAACCAAGUCUAGUGGCAGCCAAAGCCUUUCAGGCACCCUCAUCCGGCCAAAGCCCGUACACCCUGCGCCGCUGCAUCGCUCAGGAUUCCAGGGGCCGUCGGGACCUGGGAGCGUGACCUAUGGGCACGUUUCUGGACAUGGCCUUCACGCCGCCCGUUACCAUACAAUUAGUCAUCGCGGCGUUCCCCCGGGUUCACACAGUCACCUCACCCACCACCCACCGCCCCACCCUUCACAGCAUCAGGUCCAUAUGAUGCACCACCCCCACAUUGGGGGACUACCGCCCAUGCAGAUCCCCGUGAUGAUGCCGCAGCAGUACGCGACUCUUCAGCCGUCGCGCUCAACCGGCAAGAAGAAAAAAAAGGAUAAAAAGAGUGGCGCGGGCGGAGGCGUCCCCGUGGGCAUGCCCAUAGUACCGCCCAUAUACGCCUUUCAGCAACAGGUCGUGGGCGUCCCAGCUCCCCAAUUGGCACAGUCCCUAAUCGGUGAGACGCGACCUCUGGGUCAUUCCAGCCGGAAGCUGGCGGCAUCAAUGGGGAACGGUCUAGACGACUCCGGUAAUUCUGGUGCCGAAUCGCCAUCACCAGGGGGCACUGGCAUCUACAAGCGCAAAGGACACCUAAACGAGCGAGCUUUUAGCUACUCCAUACGUCAAGAGCAUCGCAGCCGAAGCCACGGAUCGCUGGCCAGCUUACAGUUCAAUCCGCCGGAUAUAAAGAAGGAGCGUGAGAUCGCCCAAAUGGUGGCAGGUCUUGACCUCAAUGAAGGGGAGCGCCCUAUGGGUCCAAACACACUACAGCGGAAGCAUGCCACGACAAUGUCAAAUGGGGGGUUGCAUGGCCCAGGACCCAGUCAGCAUCCUCACGCCCAUCCUCCGCAUCCACAUGCCAUCUACGGCCCAUUAGGGCCUGCCAGCAGCUUCGGAAUGCCGCGAAGAUAGGAGUUGAUUGGGUUGAUCUGGGCCUUAUGAUUUAUACAAAAAGAUUACACAAACUUUGGCGAUUGGAGUCAUGUAAACACCCUUGAUGUACACCAGAUUAAGAAGACAGUGGCUGAAUAUUUUAACGGAGCUCUGGGAGUGUAAUCCCACACGGAAACCAACUCAACAUAAAUGAAUAUUUGUGCCUUAUUAGGUAUACAUAAACCAUACAUAAACCAUUUAGUGUGUAGAAUAUAAUGAUACCCUAUCUGGAAAUGCAUUCCUGGACGAGUAGGAAAUUUAUCCCAAAUCGUUUAAUUACCUGUAUGCUUUCGAAUAUGUACUAUAAAUACCUACAAUAAAAUGUUAAAUGUACGAUCAUGGCUAAUCAAAA